AGGGCUGUCUGCAAAAGGGAAAACUCACUCAGUGUCUCUGAGAAGGGCUGACCCCUUUCCUUGCCAGUCAGUGGGCUGCAAGAAGACACUGGACAGAAGGAUUAUAUGGAAAUAUCUGAAAAUAGCUAGGCCUGGUGAUGGGGACCUAAAAUCCCAGGUACUCAGGAAGUUGAUGCAGGAGGAUUGCAAGUUUAAAGCCUGCCUAUGCUGUAUAACAAGACCAUCUCUCAAAAUAAAAAGUAAAAAGGGCCAGGGCUAGGUUUCAGCUGCACAGCACUAGUGGGCGAGGCCAGAGGUUCAAUCCCCCCGGAUCAGAAAAAAAGGAAACAUUUGAAAGUUCUUUCUUCCGCAUUCCCGAGGAAGCUCCCAUGGACAGAGCCGCAUCAUCAGAAAGGCUUAUCCGGAGGAUUUCUACACGAGGAUGAUGGAUGAGUGCUAUCAGACGUGGGCCCAGCUGGAGCAUGAGGCGGGAACCCAAUUGCACAGGCAGACUGAGCUCUUGUUUCUGGGAAAGAAGGAGAAUCCAGGAUUAAAGACAAUCCAGGCCACUCUGUCUAGGCAGGGGAUUGACCAUGAGUAUCUUUCAUCAGCGGAUUUAAAGCAACGUUUCCCAAACAUUCGGCUCACCAGUGGAGAAGCAGGGCUCUUGGACAAGACUGGAGGUAUCCUGUAUGCAGACAAGGCCCUCAGAGCCCUCCAGCACAUGAUUUGCCAGUUAGGAGGCACAGUGUGUGAUGGAGAGAAGGUGGUGGAGAUAACACCUGGUCUACCUGUCACAGUGAAAACCACCUCGAAGAGCUAUCAAACCAACAGCUUGAUCAUCACUGCUGGUCCCUGGACCAACUGGGUUCUCCGUCCCCUGGGAAUUGAGUUGCCCCUCCAGACCCUUAGGAUCAAUGUGUGUUACUGGCGAGAGAAGGUCCCUGGGAGCUAUAGCGUAUCACAGGCUUUCCCGUGUAUUCUGAGUCUGGACAUGGCCCCCCACCACAUCUAUGGACUUCCAGCAUCAGAGUACCCAGGGCUGAUGAAGAUCUGCUAUCACCAUGGAGACAAUGUGGACCCAGAGGAGCGGGACUGCCCCACAACCUUCUCAGGCAUCCAAGAUGUCCAGAUUCUAUGCCACUUUGUCAGAGACCACUUACCAGGCCUUCGGCCUGAGCCAGACAUCAUGGAGCGCUGCAUGUACACGAACACGCCCGAUGAGCAUUUCAUCCUUGAUUGCCACCCGGAGUAUGACAACAUCGUCAUCGGUGCUGGCUUCUCUGGACAUGGAUUCAAGCUGGCCCCUGUCGUGGGGAAGAUCCUUUGUGAGCUAAGCAUGAAAUUACCACCAUCCUAUGACUUGGCGCCAUUUCGAAUGAGCCGAUUCUCUCCACGGAGCAAAGCCUACCUUUGACUCCAGCUGACUCCUGGGGAGGAGAGCCCUCAUGGGGAAGACUUCUAGGAGAAGGAAGUGACCUUGACAUGUUUCCAUUCCUCCUGCUUCUAUGGAAUCUCCUGCAAACACCAAAUGAUUGACCCUCUUUUCCCAGUAAUCUUCCCAAGUCCAUCUCCUUUCUCAUCCUCAGAAAGUCAGCCUAAGAUUCACCACCCCAGAACAGCAAGGAGCUUUAAGAUGGACAUCUCAAUGGGGAGAGGCUUGAGAUGGGCUCAGUAGACUAAGGCGCUCCUUAAAUUUUUCUUUCUUGAGCGUGCUCUGACUAAAUCUGUACAGGGGAGCAUGAAGAAGAUUAUCUUUUAUAAACCACUAGUGCCUUUGGGGUUUCCUUCCCAAGAGCUUGAGCAGGUCACCAACUCACAUAAAGUCUCACCUCUAACAAAUAAACAUUUGCCAGGAAAAAAAAAAGUUGCUGGAAAAAAAUAAACAA